AAGUGGACGUCGAAGCCGAUCGUCGACAACAGGAAUGAAACGGCACCAUAAUGGGGCGUUCGAGUGCGCCCUAGUACUUGUACUACUGGCCCCACUGGCCAUAUCGAAUGGGGCCGUUGCGUGCAAUAUGUUGAACAACGACGCCACCGAACAGCGAGCAGGUGUACUGGCGGAUCCAACCACCGCCCAGACGAUGCCCGAAAUGGCCCCACAGGACGCCGUGGCCCAGUGCAAUCGGACCUUCAUCAUCCAGCCGGAGUACCUGGCUGAGCUGAACGAAACCGGCAGCUUCCCGGACGAAACCGAUCGGAUACCGCUGUGCUUCAUCCGGUGUUAUCUGCAAGCGCUCGGCAUUCUGACGGAGGACGACAAGGUGAAUAAAGAGACGGCACUGGCCCUGAACUGGGCCUCCUCGGGUGAAACCGUCGACGAGUGUCUGGACGAGAUGACGGGUUCAAGCUGCGAGAAGGCGUACUACUUCACUCGUUGCGUCAUGACCCGGGCGCUGGUGGAUGGCAAGAGCAAGGAUAAUAAAUAGAGAACUCACCCUGGUUUGGACGAGCCCACCGAGCAUAAGGAGCCUUUAACGGAGAGCACAAUAAAUCGCACCCAUUCGCA